AUUCAUGUACAUGACGACAGCAGUGGACCUGGUGAUCACAGAGGUGGAGGAGCCGGUGCGCUUCCUGCUGGAGACGAGGGUCAGAGUCUGCUCCCCAAAUGACCGGCUGUUCUGGCCCUUCAGCAAGCGCAACUACACUGAGACCUUCUACCUUAAACUACGACAGAUGGAGCGUAAGGAGCGCAAGAGUGCUGCCUCUGACACACUUUAUGAGGUGGUGAGUUUGGAGAGCGAGACAGAAAGGGAGAGACGGAAGACCACGGCGAGUCCCGACAUCAUGCCCACAGGUACCACGGUCCCUUCUCCACCUGAGGAUGAUGAAGAGGAAGGUGAUUGGAAACCAUCCUACUCAAGUCACUUCUUCAGGGAUUAUUUUUUAUAUUAAAGACACACGAAAAGCAAGGAUAGCAAAUAGGUUAUUUAAAAAAACGCAUUCCAGAUAUAGCAACGGGUAUACUUUGCUUUUACAAACCAUAUGGAAAUAUUCUUUGCAAAUACAGGAACCACAGAAGAAGUCUGACUAUAAGAACCAUAGGAAAAUGGUUUGAAGAUUUAAAACCCUCGAUCAUGUCAGAAACAUAAACAGCCUCAAGCAGACAUUUAACUGGCAAGAUAAUGCAAACAAUUUACUUUUGUACCCGUUAAUGAUGAGCCAUUGUGCUGCCCUCCAUCAGCUUUGACCUCAGGAAGAAGCACCUCCAAAACACAAUGAUACAGUACGAGCAUGCAACCCAGCUGAGUUAUGCUUCCUCUAUUUUGCGCUUUCCAUUAACAUACAUAACCUGACCUGAUGACUGAUAAGAAAAAUAAGAAUUCUAUCCCAUGGGCCUGAACCAGAUUUAGACUUGACUUAGAAUCCUGUGGGAGAUCAACUGUUAGGGAACUGUUUGUGCUGUAUCCUCACAAAGUGCAGUGUGUGUGUGUGUGUGUG